AUGGCAAUCCCUCGACAAUAUCUCCGUCUUCGCACCGUUCUCUUCGCGGUCGUUCUCACCGCGGGCGUGGUGUGGUUUGUCUCGAACUGGCCCUCGAAGAUAGUCAUCCCCCACGCAUUUGGCCAUGGAAGUCUCGAGCCUUUCACUGGCCCUGCCACAAGCCAAACAUUAGACUUGGCUAAGAGUCAGCAAAGGUUUUGGCAACAACUCCACGAGCUCGUGGAGAGACAUGGCCCCCAAGCCAUGCCGAUCGUCGAGUACGAGAAAGCGCCCACGGAAGGGUUCGACCCCAAGGAUUCACAUCCUCUCCAGAACUACCUCGCCGUAGAUUUGGAUGAUGUCUCCGGCAUCAAGAUCGCACAUGCACGUUUUCUUGCGGCACUCACCGACGAUCCCUUGGCUUUCAGGGUGCCCUACCGUCCUGGUACCCGAGGCAUUGUGUCCACUGCUGGGGGCGCAUAUCUGCCGGUACUGGUCAUCUCCCUGCGAAUGCUUCGUCGCACUGGCUCCACAUUGCCCAUGGAAGUCUUUCUUGCCGACGAGGAUGAAUACGAACAAGAAAUCUGCGACCAAGUCCUGCCAGAACUCAAUGCACAAUGCGUUGUACUCUCACAGAUUCUGACCGCCAGCCCGGCCAAAAUUGAAAAAUAUCAAUUCAAGCCGUUUGCCAUGCUCUUUUCCUCCUUUGAGGAAAUACUUUUUCUGGACGCGGAUGCCUUCCCACUCCAGAAACCGGAUCAGCUGUUGUUCGAUACUGAGCCUUUCCGCACCACGGGCCUGGUCACCUGGCCUGAUUUUUGGAGGCUCAGCGUCUCACCACUUUUCUACGAAAUUACCGGGGUAGAGGCACCCCUCAGAAAUUUGCGCCAGUCGACCGAAUCUGGAGAAGUGCUGCUCUCCAAAAAGACGCAUGGGCAGACCCUUCUCCUCGUCACAUAUUACAAUUACUGGGGACCGGGGUACUACUAUCCACUGUUAUCCCAAGGAGCUGCUGGCGAAGGCGAUAAAGAGACCUUUGUCGCCGCCGCGACAGUCCUUCGAGCACCCUUCUAUCAAGUCAGCGAACGGCUCGUCGCACUGGGUCACCGCAAGAGCCAAGAAGGCGGUUUGGCAGGCUCGGCCAUGGCCCAAUUCAACCCAGUCGAAGACUAUCAACUCCACGAGAAUGGUCAGUCUAGACUCCGAGGAGACGAAGCGACUCAGCCUGGGGUCUUCUUCAUUCAUGCCAAUUUCCCGAAAUUCAAUCCCGCCACCAUCUUCGACAAACACGAAGUAAAUCCCGCAUUCACAGAUGAAGGGGACUAUACCCGGGCAUGGACGAUCCCUGAAGACGUGGUCGGUCGAUAUAGUGAAAACGAGGAUGUCGAAAAGGCGUUUUGGUCUGAAGUCAAGUGGACGGCGUGUGAAUUGGAAGACAAAUUCAUCACGUGGCGGGAUCGUCCACGGGGGAGUAUCUGCGAUGGAGUUGUCAAGUACUGGCAACAUGUAUUUGAAUAA